GGACCUAUUUUCCUUGGCUCCGCAGAUCUCUCGGCAUGAAGGAGGUGAAGAACGAGCGGGAGCGGGGGAGCCGGCGAAGGCACCGGGAAGGGGACAUGGUGGGGAUCGCGCCGGCGGUAGUGGUGAAGCAGGAGCGGCUCAGCCCGGAGUCCGCGCCUCCCGUCCACCGCCGUCCGGAUUCCUCCGGCGGUAGCCCGUCCCCACCGGCCGGCGAGUCGGGCCGCCCAAGUCACCGCGGGAACCGAGCCCGAGGAGGUAGCCGGUCCCCAGCCAAAAAGAAAAACAAAUCCUCCGGGAGAAGAAGCAAGUCUCCCCGGAGUAAGAGAAGCCGAAGUCCUCACCACUCAGCUAUCAAAGUAAAGCAGGAACGUGAGGACCAUCCUCGGAGAGGCCGGGAAGAUCGGCCACACCGAGAACCCUCAGGACAGGAACACAAGCGAGCUCGGAACAGUGACCGAGACAGGCACCGCGGCCAUUCCCACCAGAGGAGAAGCUCAGGCGAGAGGCCUGGCAGCGGGCAGCCUCAGGGACGUGAUCGAGAUGCUCAGAACCUGCAGGCUCAGGAAGCCGAGCGGGAGUUCCACAACACCCGGCGCCGCGAGCACCGCCAGAAGAACGACGUUAGCGCUGGCAGUAACGCGUCUCAGGACGCGCAGCCUCGGCCUGGACCUGGAGGCAACAACAAGGACAGAGAGGUGCCUGUUAAAGAGAAGCCAAGCUUCGAACUUUCUGGGGCACUUCUUGAGGACACUAAUACCUUCCGGGGUGUAGUUAUUAAAUACAGCGAGCCCCCGGAAGCACGUAUCCCCAAAAAACGGUGGCGUCUCUACCCCUUUAAAAAUGAUGAAGUGCUUCCAGUGAUGUACAUCCACCGGCAGAGCGCUUAUCUCCUGGGCCGGCACCGCCGCAUCGCAGACAUUCCCAUCGAUCACCCCUCCUGUUCAAAGCAGCACGCCGUCUUUCAGUACCGGCUUGUGGAGCACACCCGCGCUGAUGGGACAGUUGGCCGCAGGGUGAAGCCCUACAUCAUUGACCUUGGCUCAGGCAACGGAACAUUCCUGAACAACAAGCGAAUUGAGCCACAGAGAUACUAUGAACUGAAGGAAAAGGAUGUCCUUAAGUUUGGGUUCAGCAGCAGAGAGUAUGUUCUGCUCCACGAGUCCUCUGACACCUCUGAAGUAGACAGGAAAGAAGACGAGGACGACGAGGAAGAGGAGGAGGUGUCUGACAGCUAGCAGACUGAAGACAGCCCAGGCUCUCGAGAGACCUUUUCUUUGUGCGAAGGCUUUGGGACUGACUCACGGGGCACCACUGUGCUCUCUGUAAUGCCUCUUACUGCCUUAAGUCUUUCUUCUGUUGCUGACCAGCUUAUGUUUCAGUGUAAAAAAAAAUGACUCACGUUUGGUUGAACUUCUUUCUGUGACACGUUGGCCACAUGCCUGUGGGCAUUUAUUUUCUGAACAGUCCCCCCGACACAUCGUGUUUUAGUAGAAGCAUCAUGGCUUGAGUUGGUGCUUUCAGAACUGCUGCCUAGGAAACUAUCAACCCUUGGUUAACGGGGAAUUGUGGCUUGUUUUCUUUGUACAGUUACCCUAUUUAUAUAGUUGUUAAGCUUUGUGGACCGGGUUUGUUUUUAUCUCGGGGGCAAACCCCUGAACAGAGAAUCUUACUAAGCUUUGGUUAUCACCAAAAUAGCCUCCAGAAUAUACCAAAGCUUUGACCUGGUUGAGCUCUUGAGUCAUAGAAAUUGAUUUUGCACUUGGUUGG